AUGUUUGCAUUUCCAUUGCAUCAGGAUACCAGCAUUGAUCCAGAUUCACUUAUCAGUGAUCAAGUAUCUCGUAUUGACGAUGCCGACCAGCUCACAGUCGACAUCAGUCCUCCAAACAAUCAUGUCUUUUAUCCGCUUCAUCUUUAUUUUUGGCGCAUUCUUUGUUUCAUAAACUUGGCUUAUCAUGAUUUGAUAUACACUGGUCAAGCCAUACUUCGAUUUUUUGUGUUGGCUACACUGUAUGGGCCACUAAUGCUUGGAUUUCCAAUUUGGUUUGCUAUGGAGCGGGAAUGUAUAGAUCGUAUUGAUGCCACUCCUCGCAUGUGGUGGAUUAAUUGGCUUGUAUGGACAAUUGAAAUUUCAGGUCCAACAUUUAUCAAGGCAAGUUUAUAA